AAACGCCUUGUAAACAGGAACCUGAUGUGACCCUGAUGUGACCCCGUCACAUCGGGCCCCCCUUGCAGAUUAGCAGUUGUCCAGAUGACUAUUGGUGACAGUAGCCGAGAAUACAGUACAAUACGUUUUGGUCAACUGUUUUGCAAGAUGUUACGUUGUUGGAUGAUGGAUUUGAAUCAAGUGCACAGAUGAGCAGCUAGCAUACUCUCUCUCUCUCUCUCAGCCGUUGCUCUUGAGGAUGAUGUUUGUUGCUUGCAAGUGAGAAGCGGUUUGCUUCUUCCAUCCUGCAGCUUUCAGGCUCCCGAAGCUAUAGGCUAUAGGUCCCCCAUUCUCCACGCUUUCCCCAAUGGAUGUCGUGCCGGACGUGGACUUCUCCGUCUUUGGGGCAGCUGCCUUAGACGCCGAGCCGUUCCAGGCGACGGAGGAGCAGCAGGCCGUGGGCGAGCAGCUGCGAGAGAUCUUACGAGGCACCGAGACACGCCACGGCUUCGUGUACGCCUUCGGCCUCCUCUCCUCAGCCGAGAUCGCCGAGGCCUUCCACGGCGCCAAGGGCUUCUGGGCGCCGGACGUGGACCGUGCGGCGCUGCCGCGGCUGACGCCCGAGACCAACGUAGGCUAUGGCGGCCUGGGCAAUGAGGCCUUGAACGCUCGGCGCCAGGCUGACUUGAAAGAGGCCUUCAACUUGCGCAAAGUCAGCUUGACAGAUGGGUCCUUACCAGCGGUGAAGGACUUCCCCAGCUACUGCCAGAGGAGAGCUGGGACCUGGGCGUUGACGUCGCUUGCAGCGCAGCGAGCCUUGUUGGCCUUUGGCGUGGCGCUGCAGCUGGAGGAUCCCAAGCACUUCGCACGCAGCGUGGUCCAGUGGGACCUUUGCACCAUGCGAUUGCUGCACUACCCACCAGGUCGGGAGGCUCAGAUUGGGUAA